AUGCUUAGAGAUAUUUCAAAUGAUGUGGCUGUGAGCAGAUCGUUGAAUAAUAAACGCACUCAACAAGGUAAGGGAUUUACCAAGAACGUUAGAUAUGGAAAUGUCCAGAGGCAUCAGGAUGAAAAUGGAGUUAAUAUGAGGUUGAAAACAUCCCAACAAAAAGAAGAUGUCUCGUCUUGUCCCAAAACAAUUCAACCAAGACCCAUCUACUCGUUUCCAGAGCUAUUCAGGAACGUUACCGAGAAGAUGUUUCCGUUUAUUGAGAGACUACAUAGACACGGGUUUUCAAGAGAAACAUCCAAAGAUCAAACGAUCAAUUUGAUGGCAGAAGUGGCUUUCCAAAAGAAUCCAAUAAGGAAAUAUUGCAAGGUUCUUAAUGAAAGCUAUGGAAAUAAGGAACUGCAAUCAGUAAUUAAGGAUCCAUGUGAAGGUAUUUUCCAGGAGAUGAAAAAUCAUGAUAAGACUUUGAAAUGUUACCAGUCAAAGCUCAGAGUUGAAGGAAGUGGAUAUUUACAAGUGAUGAAACAACCCGUUUAUGAUAUCACCAUAGGCAGCAAAAGAUCACUCGAUGACAUCUCACUUAAGAGCAAUUUUAAGACUCCUAUUAAGAAGAAUCACAUACACCGUAUUCACGGACACCUCAGUGAAAGAUUGGAUAAUUCUAUGACGAUUUCAGCCAAGGCAAUUCUGAAAAUGGUGGAUGAUUCUUUGGUUUCGAGUGAUACUUCGCUAUAUUCCCAAUCUUUGGUCAGUAUCGGUCAAAUGAGAGGUAAGGAGGAUGUGAAUAUUAAUGAGGAUGAUCUAAAGAACGUUCUGGACGAUGAAAGGGUCAAUCAAAAUAUGUAA